AUGUGGCUCAUCAACACACGUACUCUCAAACUUGAGGAGUUCUUUGACGCUGCUAUUCCCGACUACGCCAUCCUAUCGCAUACUUGGGGAAGCGACGAAGUCUCCUUCCAAGAGUUCAAGAGCCUUGAUGCCACGAGCGGAGACCCAGCAGAUCUUAUAAUCAAAGACAGAGCUGGCUAUCCAAAGAUCAUCAAGGCAUGCGGGAAAGCCCUGGAAUACCGUCUUCGAUAUGUGUGGGUCGAUACUUGCUGUAUCGACAAAACAAGUAGUGCGGAACUGUCGGAGUCGAUCAACUCCAUGUUCAAAUGGCAUCGAUCGGACGUACCUGGAAUCCUCGAUAUCGGAGCAAAACACCCGCCUGAGAUUAUUGACAGAGGCCAGUAUUGCAGAGAGAAUGAGCUGGGCAGCUCGGCGGACGACUACCCGAGUUGA